AUGAAGAAUAAGGUGAAAUACAACCUCUUUGGUAACUUCCUAUCCAAUCAUGUGUUAUUAUUCUUCCUGCUUUUUCUAUUAAACCUGUUAAUAUUCUUCUCGUUCAUCAAUGGCUUCCUAUUCCCGAGAGAAGGAAUCACAAACAAGUCGGAGGAUUUGGAAACCUUUACCAGGAAGGUGUUUGGGGAUGAAUACAUAGAAACAUUGAAGAGUAAAAAAAAUGUGCACUCCAUUAUGAAUCCGCCGUACGACAGAAUAGUGAUCCUAAUGAUUGAUGCACUGAGGUUUGAUUUUACACUAUACGAUCCUAAUUAUAAUAAAGAGCUAGAAAAUGAUGAAUCGCUAGUUGCAGAAAAGAACACUUCAAAGGAGGUGAAAUUUUUCCAAAACAACAUGACACUUUUACAUGACAUUUUGAAGACAGAGAAAGAGCAAACCAUGUUAUUUCGAUUUCAAGCUGAUGCACCUACGAUUACCACAUCGAGACUAAAAUCUAUGGUUAUUGGCUCCAUACCAAAUUACUUAGAUUUGAAUGAAAAUUUUAGUCCAAGUGAUGAUAUACAAGAUAAUUUCAUAGAGCAACUCUACUAUAAUAAAAAAACGGUCGCAGCUAUCGGGGAUGACACACUUGUGAAGUUAACAAAAAAUGUAUCGCGCAAAUUAGUGUACGAAAGUUUUAACAUCUUCGAUUUGUAUGAUCUAGACAAUAAAUCUAAGAAGCAUUUUUAUGAAGAAUAUCCUUUGGAUUAUUGGGACAUUUUGUAUGUACACGUUUUGGGGGUAGAUCACGUAGGGCAUGUAGGGAAACCUAAUUCGAGGAAAAUGAAAAAUGUGUUAAAAGAUUUCGAUAUUUUUGUAAACGAUAUAAUACAGAAGGUUAAAUUGGAUGAGAAGAAGAAUAACACCCUUUUUGUUCUUCUUGGGGAUCAUGGACAAACACGCACAGGGGAUCAUAGUGGGUUCAGUGCAGAUGAGACGGAUACCUCUUUGUUUAUUUAUUCCCCAUUGAAAUUUAUGCCACUAGAUAAGAAAAUAAAUAACAAGUCAUUUAUUCUAUACGAUAAGGACAAGCUGGGGAAAAACAACUCCGAUUCGCCUACUGCAUUUAGUGCCUGCGUCCCAGAGGAAGACCAGUGUUUUGUAGAAAGCUAUAAAAAUUACCAUUCCGCUUUGAACGAUUCCAACAAAGACAAAACCUACUUCUACGAUGUUAGACACACCAGACAAAUAAACUUGGUGAGUACGCUAUCGCUUCUGAUUGGAUCUACUAUCCCCUUUUGCAACGUGGGAAAUGUUAUCAUGGAUUUGAUCCCGAACGCGUACAAGGGCGGUGCAGCAUAUGCAGCUUCUAAUAAUGGAGAGGAAGGAAACGACAGUGGUAGCAACCCUCCCAGUGAGGACACCACGGGUGGUGCGAACGCCACGGGGGAUGGUAAACAUUCCAACUUAUACUACGAGGUGCUCAAUUUGCACUACAUGGCAGAAUUGAACUAUGCCAACAUGUGGCAGAUAAAUAGGUACCUACAGGAAUACGAAGCCCACUAUUGGGUCAUAAAAAAUGAAGAUUAUUUUUUUAUUAAAAAUAAUUGGAAAUAUAUAGAAGAAGAAAUGGUGCGAUUUUUUCAACCAAAUAAAAAAUUCCAAGAUAUAGAAGAAAUUCUAAAAAGUGAAAAAGAAGAAUAUAUAAAAUAUAUAAACAAAAUGAGAAAUCUCAUGGAAGUUACCCAGAAAUAUUUUUACUUCAUUUUUGCAGCCAAAAAGCCAUCCUUUAUUGUCCUCUGUCUAAUUGUGAAUAUACUCUUUUUGAUCAUAUUUAACAUAUUUUACCUUAACUCAAAAUUGAAUUUCUACUACAAGCCCAUUUCAGCUGGCACUUUCAUUCUGCUCCUCACUCUUGUUUUUAUUGCCCUUGUUCCAGUCGACUUGUAUAAUAAAUGCCUCUACCUACUUGUGUUGCCAUUACUAUUCAUACUUUUAGUCUUUGGGGUUUUCUUCUCUAAAAAUAAGUACAAGGAUUUUUUCCGAUUUUUUAGCUAUAUUAACGUAUCCCUAGUAUGCAGCAACCUCCCAGAGGCAAACUUGAAGAAAUACACAGCUAUACAAGCGCAAGAUAAAAACUUUAUUCAUCAGGACAAAAGUGGGUGUGUGAAUGCAGGGGGUCCUUCCAAGAACACCUUUCUUCUAAAAAUAUUCUUUUUUUUUAAAUGCCUUUUUAUGAUAAUCAAGAGAAGUAUCGCGCGAAGCAUAAAUGUAGUGUUGCCACAUAUAUUUAACAUUAUUGCGUAUAUUUUCACUUUAAAAAAGAAGCUACUUACAUGUCUAAUGAAUAAUACCUACUUCGUUUGUGUGGUCAUUUGGAGCUCGUGUGAAUUGUCCUUCUACUACAUAUUCCAUGAGAAGCACUAUAUCCACUUGGUGUUAAUUGCCUACGUGUUGCUUUCUCUGUACAAGUGCGAGUCAUUUUUCUCUCUGCACCUUUUACGCGGACUGGUCCUCUUGACCGUCCUAGUCGUAAACGCGGCGUUCAGUUUCACGCCAGGAUAUUUCGAGCAUGACAUGGAAAAGCUGUACCUGAAGAAAUCCGUGCUGCAAAUGGCAUUGCCCAUUUCGCUAUACCUUUUUAGUAACAUCUUUGUAAAUUGUGGUUCCAACAAGUUCCUGAAAAAGGAAAUAAAAGUAGUCAUGUUUUUAGGAUGGACCGUGCAGUUCGUUUUAGUAUUUUUAUAUUUCCUUAAAAUCAACGAGCAAAUGAUAUUUUGGAACCCCCCAGGUGUUUACUUAACCACAUUUUUGUUAUACCUGUUCAUCAUAUUCAGAAAAAGCAGCAUAAUACAAGAGGAAAAAGUACCAGAGUUGUUGCAGAAGAUACACGAAGUUUCUGUAACUCUGUUCCUGAUAAUGUUUUCUUCCCUCCAGUUAUCACUCAUCGCGUAUAGCAACACAAACCUGAGUGUCUUGCUAUUCUUUUAUACAACAUUAUUUGUUUUUUACUUUUUUUUUGUGAGUAUGAAUAAUUUGGAAGGAAAUAAAGAUAUGAAUAACCUUAAAAUAAAAUGGAUUGAAGAAAACAAACAGGUACAUAUGUUUACAAAUUCGGAGGACCAGAAAAAAACGGUUGAAAUAGGUCAGGUGAAUACAUGGGUGAAGGAAAAAUUUGAUCUCAAACUUGUGCAUCAGAAAUGUACCUUGUUAGAUAAGUGCUCCUGGCUUGAUGAAACAGAUGCCACACAAAUUCAAAUUUGCAAAUUAGUAAAGGACAUUCCAUUUUUCUCUCUCAGUGACACCGAUUUUUAUUUACUAUCAGCUAUACUUAUAAAAUACACCUUCUUUUUAACUGGCCAAAUAUUUGUCCUAAAUAGCUUGCCCCUGACUUCAGCAUACAUCGGUUUUAAUAAAUAUGUUUGGCCUAUAAGUCAGCUUUAUAUAUUUAUUCACGUUUUUUUUCCAAUGUUAUUUGCUCUUUUUUUCAUUCUUUAUGUGUUUAAUUUGAGGAAGAUAAAAAUGCUGACGUAUUUUAAGGGGGUCGACGUUUACAAUUUCUACUUCUACCCACUGAUUAACUUUUUCUUCAAGUAA